AUGGGUGAAGCGACUCUUGCAGCACAACGACAGAAAGAGGAUAAGGCUUCAUGGGAUGCCUAUUGGAAGCUGAGAGAUUUGGAUUCCAGAGGUUCCAUCUAUCCUCGUAUGCGUUACUACGCCCACAAGUUGUUUGAUAAGCCUGCAACUUGGUUCAGAGAGUCCAUUGUUGAGCCUCUUCAUGGUGAUAAUAAGUUGCCGUAUUAUCAGCGCAAGCUUGAUCGUGUUCCUGAAAUUGAUGAGUGCGGAGUUAAUGAUAAGGCCUGUUUCUAUGAAGCUAAUGAGCAAUUCCGUCUCGAUAAAAUGGUUGAUGGAUUCAUACUUCAAACUCUUCGUCAACGUUUAGAUCGUUGCAUGCAGUACAACAGCUCUGAUCAUUCUCCUUGUGUGAAGGUGAUCGAAGAUGUAGAAGAAAAUGAGUUGAACUUCUUCAUGAAAUACGGAGAGUUAGGUGGAGAGGCUGAUGUUCGCGAUGCUUAUAUGAAGCAGAAACAUAGAUUAAUUUGGGAAAGACGCCAUCCAGAAAUUAUGGAGGAAAGAGCCCAAAAACUUGCUGAGCACAAAGAGAAACUGGCAAGUGGAGAGUUUGACUACUCGUUCUGGAAGAAGGGUAUGUUCUACCAGGACAAAAAGAAUUACGAACCACCUUAUGAGUUUUAUCUCUCAAAGGCUCCAAUGGAAGGAGAUAAACCAUUGUCCAAGGAUUGGAACUACUACAAGCAGGUCGCCCAAGAUCCUGAGUUUGACAAAGAGCAAGGAAAGAAGUCUGAUUUCCGUCUCUACUAA